AUGAGCCAAAGAUUUGGGAAUUCUGAACCCAAUUUCGUGUCUUUAAUCACCAAGUUUCGUGAUGGAGAUAUGAACAUUAGAUGGGUAGAAAAGUUAUCUAAGAACGGUGCUAGAGUAGCCCCUCCAUCUGCAUCAGAUGGGUAUUGGAAUUUGGGACCCGAGCCUUUAGCUUUAAGGACUGGCUUUCGUGACGGAAGUUUUGAUGAGAAAAGCAAGAAGGGGGUGGGAAAGUCGUCUAAGAGCAGUGCUAGUGUAGCCUCUUCAUCUGCAUCACAUGAGCAUCGGAAUUCUGAACCUCAUCCUCUGUCUUUGAGGUCUGGGUCUCCUGAUGGAAGUACUGCUGAGAAAAAGAAGAAGAAGAAGAAGAUGAAGAAGAGGGCAGGAAAGACAUCUCAGAGCGGUGGUACUGUAGCCUCUCCAUCUGUAUCAGAUGCGAAUGAGGUUUCCAAAGAUUCAACUGUCCAAAUUUCAGAGAAACUCUCGUUUCCUGAUCAUACCCGGAACAGCUUAUCAGUUGGAACGCAGAGUUCUGAUGACUGUUCAAAGAUAAGCAAACAAGGGUCUGCUGAAUCAAGAAGUACUACUGUUGUUGAGGAGGUUGUAGUUCAAUGUAGCAAACAGGUUGAACUUGAAGAUUCCAAGAAUAGAAGCCACACAGGUUGGACUCACAAUGGAAAAGAAAAUAGGCAUUUUGGUUGGAACAGGAGGCAGUACAAUGCUAGGGAAGGACAUGUGAAUUGGGAGAAGAAACCGAGUUACAGAAAUGGUGUGAAAGAUAUUAACUCGGCAGAGAAUCGGUUUUGGGCUGACCGUAGUUCAUUAGCCAAUGAUGCUAUCAUACGUUCUUCAUUGAUUUCCUCUGGAUACAGCAAUGGGAAAGAAAAUAGGCAUUUUGGUUGGAACAGGAAGCAGUACAAUGCUAGGGAAGGACAUGUGGAUUGGGGGAAAAAACCAAGCUAUGGUGUGAAAGAUGUUAACCUGGCAGAUAAUCAUUUUUGGUCUGAGCGGAAUUCAUUAGCCACUGAUGCCAUCUCACCUACUCCGUCGAAUUCCUCUAGACAGAAUAAUGCUGCUUAUGGAUAUAGAAAAAAGGAUGUCCCUCCAAUACUAUUGAAUGAUUCAUCACAGGCAGCUGCUUCUCCAAAGAGGUUGAAUGGGACACUUUUUGUUUCACUAAAAAGUCAAACAGAAGGCUUGGGGAAUACAGAAGGCUUGGGGAAUGACUCUGAAAAGUUAGUAGGAAGAUCAACUUAUUUGUUUAAGCCUGUGCAUUGCAAUGUGAAAAAGAUACCUCGCAAUUAUGAAGCAAACUUCUUUGAGUUACAUGCUAAGUGUGUUUCAUAUCAUAAAGAAUUGUCACUGGGUUUUUCUGAUAUGCACGAUUACAAGAGAGAUACUGCAGGAACAAAUGGCAAGCAGAUUGCAAGUCAUGGUGAUCGACACUGUUUAAACUCACCUUCUAUGUAUUCUAAAAUGUCUACUCAGGGAGUGAUGAAUGAUAUCCAGCAAUACAAAUUCAGGAAGAUUCCAAGCAUGGAAUAUGAGGUCGGCAAGUCAGUGCAUGCAUCUGUGGAUGGUAUACCAUGCUGCCAUACUGAUCAUAAACUUGAGAAAGAUGCUUCUGGAGCAAAUGUUAUGGAGCGGACAGCUGUUGGUACAAAAGAGUUCAGGCCUGUGGACAGAAUUUCAUCUGCUACUAUUUCAAAUGAGUUAAAUCUCUUACCAGAUGUAAGCCGGCAGUUAAAUAAUAGCCAUCUGGGAGGAACCAGAAUACCCUGCCAUCAACCAAUUUCUUAUGAUGAUCCCAAGAUUUAUCGGUCUGCUGCUGAACUAGGUCAAAAGACUGAAAUAAAAAGUUAUGAUGCAAAGCAUAGAGGACCAGAAGACACUGACCGGUUCUUAAUUGGUUCACAUAUGGGAAUGAAAGCUCUAACUGCUGCUUACCAAAUGCAAUUAGCAUCUGAAACUGUUCAGCUCGCAAUGGGUUGUCCACUUGCAGAGUUUGAAACGUUCAUCCACUGCGCUGCUCCUGUUAUUCCUUCUUCGUAUGUACAUAACGAAUAUUCUGUUUCCUUGGGUACCCAGCCAUCUGAUAGUUUACUAGGCAAGGACCAGAUACCAAAUGUAUCACUUCACAGUGUUUGGAACUGGUAUGAGAUACCAGGGAAUUACGGGUUGGAUGUCAAGGCAGUUUGUCCUAAAACCCUCACUGGGCUUCCAAAUGAUUCAAUGUCUUUCCAAGCCUAUUUUGUUCCUUCCCUUUCUGCUAUUCAGUUGUUUGGACCACACAUCUCUGGUUGCAAAAGAUUAUUUUCCAAUUCUACUGCUUCUGAACAACACAACCAUGUUCGGGUUGGUUCAUUUGAUGUUGCCCUACCUGACAGAAGUUGUGUUCAAGGUCUAGAUCGUUCACAUGUCUUCUCCUCUGAUGCUGAGCUCAUAUUUGAGUUUUUUGAGGUUGAGUUGCCACACUACAGGAGGCCUUUUUAUAACAAAAUUCUGGAGUUAAUUGGUGCUGGAACUUCUAAUCCUCUCGUAUAUGGUGACCCAUCAAAGCUUGCUAGUCUGAAUUUGCGUGAUUUACACCCUGCCUCUUGGUUUUCGGUGGCCUGGUAUCCUAUAUAUCAAAUUCCAGAAGGGCAUCUCCGUGCAUCAUUCUUGACUUACCAUUCACUUGGACAUUUUGUGCAAGGACCUGGUUCCACUGUUGCUCCAGGUUGCAUUGUCUUCCCUGUGUUAGGCUUGCAAAGCUACAAUUCACAGGAUGAAUGCUGGUUUGAACCCAAAAUACCUUCUUCAGGAGAACCUGCAUCUUUUGACACCACAGGAAUUCUCAUAAAAAGGCUGAAGACGUUGGACGAAAAUGCCUUGCAUUUUGCUAGAGGCUGGGUUUACAAGGAUAAGGUCAAGGUGCAGAACAAACAUCCAGAUUACGAGUUCUUCACUUCUCGAAAAACACGUUACACAUAGUUAUGUACGAUGAAUCGUGAGGAUCUGUAAAUGAAGAUGAGGAAUACUGUAGAUUCUGUACUUGUCUUGGUGUUGUUGUUCCAUGUAAACUUGUGUAGUUGAUGAAACUGAUUCUGAGUCAUGUUCCUUGUAAAGAAAUACUGUUUCAAAAAGAGAAGUGUAAGUGACUAAGUGCCACGGGGGGAGACUUAUCUCCACUGCCUUCUUUUUUUGUAAAUCUCUUACCUAAAUGUGAAGAAACAUGUGAAAUCCAAGUGUUUGAUACCUUUUAUUUCAUUAAUGGUUUAAUGGCACUGUGUUCCUCUUUAAUCUU